AUGUGCUCCUGUACCCAUAUCCUUCUAUUGUCUACAGUGCAGCAGCAGCAAGCAAACCUUAUGCUCCUGUUGCAGCGUGCAAAGAAAGUAAUGUCCGAUAGCCUUGGGCUGGUGGAUUUUGCUAUCGGGCUAGUGAAUUCUGUUUUUAACUUGCUCGAUGAGCAAGUGAUGUUUUAUAAGGAAUUCGAAUAACAGAAGAACUUUGAAAUCAUUUCUGCUGGGCAAAACGUUUUUGGGGCUAGUUGAAAUGACUUCUGGGCUAGUAAAUGCUAGCUUCAGCUUGCCCGAAUGACAAGCUGUAAAAAAGAUUCUCUUUGCACCUUGUGUUGUGCAGUUAGUUUACAUGUUUUAAACUCGUUUUGUAGAUUUAUGGCUGGUUUUAUAAACUCCAUUGGGUAUUGUGGGAUCUUACGCUGCUGCCUGGUUGGCUCAGUUGAAUGUAUGAGUACCAGUCUGCCAAGUGGGAAAUGGCAGGUUAAACCCCUGACCAAACCACCAAUCAGGAUAUAAAAAAAAAAAAACUGGCAAGAUUAGUAUAGAUUUAGGCACGGCUAAAAGCGAAGCUCUGGUUAAUAAUACUUGUAAACAAAAAAAAUUAAAUCGUGAAUCGUGUAAUGCUAAACGGGAAGGGCAAUGAAAAUGGCAUCAAGAUCAAUAGAUCUAAUUAGCAAAAAAACAAAUUGCAUGUGCAGCACACUCUUUUUUGUAAUUAGCCAAAAAAAAAAAAUCUCCAUGUGCAGCACGCUUUUUUUUGUCUUUCUUUGCCGUUGUUUUGCACAACUAUAACGCUGUUUUGUGGGACUAAUCCGUCAAACUUCCUAGUUACACAUUAUUUUUAUAGAGGAAUUGUCGUAUGUGCUUAGCCAAUAUUUUGUCUCCUGUGUUCAUGUUCGCUUUUAUUUUUCACUGCUGCUCAUUUUUUCCUUGCUGGCCUCUAUGAUUUUUCAUUGUCUCACAGCCGCUUUGAAUUUUCAUGUUUUUCUUCCUACAAAAUUCGUCUCUUUUGUUUUCAAUGACUCGUUCUAGCUCUUUCUCUGUUAUCGACGUGAGUGUAAACAUCAAAAAUAACGUCGAAAAAGACACAACUUUGUUGUUGUUUUUUCUUUCUAAAAGUCCGGGCGGCCAUGCAAUUUCUUUCCAAAUAAAACCUUGAGUUGCAUUUGGGUUGCCAUACCUGUUGAUUAAAUUAUUUUACAUUGGUAUGCCUGUGGUGUGGACGGACGGUCGGGUGGGUGGGCAGUUGGUGUACGGUCACGUGAUUACCAAAUUUUCUUGGGUGGGUAGUUUACCACAUUUUUUUACCCAUGGUGCUCUGCUGCGUGCACAUCGCGUGCAAGAGCUCCGCUAUGAUGACUGUGAUCUAUAAAAUUUCUUACUAUUGUAAGAUCUUGCCUUAGUUUAGAUGAUUGCACCAUUAUGCAGCUUGAUGUUUAAAGCCAUUGGCCAUGUCUCCUUCAUGCUUCCUUAGUUAUAAAAAUGCAAAAAAAAGCUCUACACUGCUGUUUGGAAAGAGUAGGGGACAUAGACCCCAUUGGUGAGGUCUAUCUUUCAUUUGGGGGAGGAGAACUGUGACAGGACCGCAGUACCUGCUUUUCGCUGUUAGAGCAGCCCUGUCAAGUACUGGAAUUAAUAAUCUACUAAAUUCCUGAAAUUACUUGAUACAUACUGCGCUAUGCAUUCGUUAUGCAUUAUUUCAUGCUGUACAGCUCCUGGCAUGUACAAAAGUCAUCAUUUCCAGUACUAUGUGUAUGUUACAGGUUAAAAUUAAAUUUAGAUUAAAUUUUUUUAACUAAGUUUGAUUCUCAAUUUUUUUUGUCUCCUUACCCUAAUUAUUCAUGAGUUAGAGGUAGAAAACAAAGGAAAUUGAGAAUGAACCUAGGUUAAAAAAUUUUAACCUGAAUUUAUAAUUUUAACCUGUAACAUGUUUGCAUGUCUUAAACCUUGUUUCAGUAUUGUGGCAGCUUGUUGGGCAGGACGUUUUGCAAAAUGACUGUUGGAGACUUUAUUUGUUCAUCGAUUCUCCCAUGCGACCAUGCCUUUGUUCAACAUUUUCAAGGUACAUUGUAUUGUGCAUGCUCCAUUUUGAAGGAACUGGUUAGCUUGAAUGCAUGUAGGGCGUUCUAUGAACUUUUAUGUUCUGGAGCGUUGUACAUUGUACUCGUACUGGUGUGAUAGCUUUAGCAAUAGUCACAGGUUUUAAGAAUAGUUUUUUUAUCACUACUCCAAGUGAAAACAGAAAAAGAGUGAGAAAUGUAUGUAGCAAAUGAUUCUAAAUAAAAUUUAAUGUAUGUAAUCUGGGCGAAUCUUUGUUCAACAUAGUGUAUCUACAUCUAUUCCAUUCAUGAACUUGUUAUGUACAGUGUGUAUUUGAUGCAAUUUUCUCUUUUCUUUUCAUUCUCUGCUUGGAUUCUAAAGAACUGUGCUUAUUACGGGUAAGAUAAUUAUUUUAUAAUUAUUAUUUAGUCUACUUGCUAAAAAGUUUUAAAAGUCAAAAAUGUUGUCCCAUUAAAAGUUUUUUAAUGUAAUAGUUUGAGCUGUACAUGGUUUUUCCUUCGUCUUUGAUUUUCAAUUUUAUUAUUGGUUAAAACAUCCAAGACUAUUAGAACUCCUUAAAAGUGGUGAUCAAGAUUUCAUGUUUGUCCCAAUAAAAGUGAACUCCAAAAAGUAACAACUAUGCAAAUAUAAAAUAAAAGGCAACUCAAAUGUCAACCCAUAAGGACAAAUACAAUGUCUGUUGCACCUAACAGGCUUUUAUCUUUGUCCAUUUGUCUUUUUUUACAGAGGUUAUGGUGUUCUUGUUGGUUAUUUUGUCAAUCAUCCAUUGUAUACACCACCAAGUAUGUAGGUUGACAUUUAAAUUAAGCAAUUUGGGCAUGGUUGGUUUGAAGCCAAUUUUAUGCUAGUGAGAAAAAACCUAAUUUUCUCACUCAUUUUUGACAUGCAACAUUGUUAUGCUGUAGAUUUGCAAACUGAUAACAAAGGAAGGAUGACCACAUACUUGUUACUUGAAUGCAUGCCUUAUUUUUUUUUAUCAAGCUCUGCUUUUACAUAGACAUUUAGGCAAGAAUAAGAAUAAAAAAGUGGAUUUGCAUUUAUGUGACCAGGUCAUUACAUUGAUUUUUAUUGGUCAGGAAUAAUAUUAUAGUUUUGACUCUUUUUAAAGCUACAAACCAUGUCUUAUUGUGAUGGAUCGUCAAACUGCAUUUGCAAUUAUUUGAACAUAUUUUUUUUUUACCUUUAACUCAAACAUUUUUCUUGUAAUUUAUUUAGUGCUUGGUGAUGCCCAGGUGUAUACAGGCUUAGCUCUGUUCUUGGUAAGUGAAAAUAAUAAUUUUGAAUGCAUUUUCAAAAAAUAAUUUAAUUAUGUGGAUAGUGACACCUUCAAAACCAUUAGAAAUUAACCUGCGUCUGAAAAUAAUCUGAAUUGGAUAAGAUUAUCAUGGUAAAUGAUUUAUAAUCCCUUUUUUUGACUGUUUUUUUUUCCAGUUUAACGAGUAUGGCAACUUUGUCAUCCACUGUGCUUUGCGGGAUUUGAGGCCUCCAGGUAAGCCACACUUGUUCUGUUGUUAUGGUAACCAUUUUUUGACAUAGAGACAAGUUAAUGAUGCAAAUUAUCCACAUGAGUUCACAUUUUAAGCUUUUUAUUGAUUUAUUGAUUAGUUAUUAAUAAUAUAAGGGACGUGCAUUAAGCUUUUAGAAAAUAACAAAAAAAUGUUUAAUUAGACUAACAGACGCAAGGCCCAGACAAGGUUGACCCUAAGGAAGGGGAAAAGCAAUGCUGAAAUCGUAAUAAUAUGUUAAAGCAUUUUUACAAAAUAAUGUGGAUGAAACAAUUUACAGAUCUCUAAUGGGGGCAUACCAUUAUUAUUUCCCUGGUUUGAAUUCAUUCUAGUGUAUCUCAAAAGACCACACUACACUAGGGGUAAAAAGGUUAAGGUGCACAUGAGUUAAAGGCUCCAAUGGCUGGAGCUUAUCCCAGUUUCCAUAGCAUCAAGCAUGCCUAGGAGUAUUAGGAUUGCUAUUCCCUUCUGGACAAGAUGCUAGUUUAUCGCAGGGUUACCCCCCUCCCCCACCCCCCCAAACAGAAUGCCAGCAGUACCCUUUUAUACACCUGGGUGAAGAGAGCCACAGUGGAGUAAAGUUCCUUGUCUAUUAAAGGAAACAACCAGACGGGUGAGGCUUGAACCCCAGACCUCUAUAUCUGUUGUUUGAGGUUUUAACCGCUCGGCCACACACCAUACUAGUUGUUUAUCAAUUCCAUCUGCAGGUACAAAAGAAAGGAAGAUACCCUAUCCUACAUCCCAUCCCCUGACACAGUUGUUUAGAUUUGUAUUCUGCCCUAACUACACCUAUGAGGUGAGUUUGACUAAAAACAUUUUUCUCCCUGGUUGGUUUUACUUGAAGACUCAGUGGUGAAUCCUCGGUAAGGGCCCGGGGGGACCGCCCCCCCCCCCCUUAUUUUUAGACCAAACUGAAGACCAAAGGGUUGAAAAAAAGUUUUUGAGACCGCCCCCCCUUAUCUCAGGGUCUGAAUGACCCGCCCCCCUUAUCUGAAGGUCAGGGCCCCAGUUGUUCGAAAGGUGCAUAACACUGUUUACCGUAUAAAUCUCUAUCCAGUGGAUAGUGCAAUUGGUUUUUCUAAUACGUAUCCGCUAGACAGAGAUUUAUCUGGUGGAUAACGCUAUCCAACGUUUGAACAACCCAGGCCUGGAUCUGCCACUGCUGACUAUUGGCUACACACGUGUAUAAGCGUGUUUCUGAGCAGAAAGUGGGGUCUUCCAGAAAGGAGAAAAGAUCGAAGACUAGGCUGGCUUGCUUUAUCCUUUAUUCUCUUCCCCCCCUUCCCCACCCAUUUUCUGAGUGAAGUAAUUUUGUAUAACAGGUCCUUCAAAUGUGCAAGUAAACACAGAGUUUGACCGAAAAGAAAACACACCCGAUCCAUUAUUCUACUAGUCUGCUUCACAGCCAUUAUCUGAUUCUACCAAAACUGUCCAAUACACGCACAGAGUCAUUUUCCUUUUAGAAGAAGCUUUAACUUAAGGCUUAUUGCUAAACCAUAGUUGUUCUCCCUCUUUACUUCUGCUAGAUGAGAGAUGAAAGUAACGAUGUGAUUUUAUCUGUUUUUUUUUCUUCAGGCCGGUUCUUGGAUAGUAUUUUCUGUGAUGACGCAGACAUUAACAGGUAUAACCUUGUGCAGCAUAAUAAGUAGUUUUCAUUCUUAUGGGCACACUUAAUAAUUUUAUCCAAAGUUAGAAGCACCUUGUACAACAUGAUUAACAGUACCACAGGAAAGUACUGCUCGUUAAGUCAGGGACUUUAGGAUUUAAUCCACAGACUCAAAAGUUAGAACCACCUUGCCCAACGUAAUAAACAGUUAGUACUACAGGAAAGUACUGCUCAGAAGUUUUUAUUUGAGUGGUAACACUUAAGGAUUUCAACCAGAGACUCAAAUGUUAGAACCAUCUUGUGCAUAGAGGAUAUUACACGGUGGCGCGAAGAUAUGAAUUUUAUUUUUGAGUGGCAAAACAAUAUUCUACGAACGAGCGCAGCUAGUGAGUAAAAUAUUGUUUUUGCCACGAGAAAAUAAAAUUCAUAUCUUCAAGCCCCCGUGUAAUGUUCUUUUUAUUAUAUAGACAAAAAGACAUCAAUAAAAUAAUAGAUUUUUAUUCGCCGAAAAGUAAUUGUGACGGCUCAAAUUUACAGUACAGCAAUAUAAGACAUUGCUUACAAUAAUCUUGAGAAUUUUUACACUGAGCUGAAAAGGGUUCUACAAUGACAAAAUAUAAACAAAGCUUUGAAAAUGAGUAAUUAAAAUUCAAACGACGCAAGACGCCUACAAAUUUUGGAGGGAAAUUACCGAAAUUACGUCAUCGAUAAACUCACGUGUGAGAUUAUGGAAAAUAUACCACUCGGGUCCCGGAUGUAGUUUUUAUGAAUUUUACGAGUGGUAUAUUUUCCAGUAAAACACUCGUGUCUAUAUAAUAAAACGUAAUAAACAGUACCACAGGAAAGUACUGCUCAGUAACUUUCAUUUGAAUGGUCACGCUAUAGGAUUUUGUGCAUAGAGUCAAACCUUAGGAACACCCAGUUGUUUAACAUAAAAAAGCUUCACAGGAAAUUACCAGUCUGUAGCUUUCAUUUGAAUGGUCUCACUUCAAAAUUUUAUCCAUCGAUCCAAACGGCCAACCUACAACACUUCUAAAUUCAAAUGUAGAACGGACAGUGGAGUUCUUGAGAGCUCUUUAGCGCUUUGUGGGAAAAUGAAGUUUACUUUUUCGUCAUGAUAAUGAAACAAUUUAAAAGUAAUAGAGCGAUUUUUGUAUGACCUUGAAAUGAAAACGCGCGAACAAAACAGUAAAAACAAACGAACGGAAAUACAGCGAUUACAAACGCGCGUUAGUUUUGGUUGGUUAGCGAAUGCUCGGGUGAAAAAACUUCAUGCCCGAGAACUUUCUAGAAGUCAAUAGAACAAUGCCUUCUCUAUAUUAGGAUUUUCUUUGGCGGGAAAACGAAGAGUACACGUUUUGAUCUUUUUUUUGGCUGAUAAAACAAAUAACGAACACUUACGGUAACCAUUAUUUCAAGGUUAUACGAAAAUCGCUCUAAGCAUAUCUGUUUAACAUGACGGUUUCUUUAUUCCUCUUUCAGCGGUUUUAUUCACCUUGUUUGGAUUCUACCAGAUGGCAGUAUGGGCCAUAGGCAAACACCGAAACUAUCGCAAAGAAUUUAAAGAUUAUCCAAAAGGAAGGAAAGCCAUUGUCCCUUUUCUGUUGUAG